UGCGUAAACUUUUUCUACCGUCAUUGUCUCUCUGGACAGGAGGAUAAAGAAGGCAUGUGGGGACGAUACGACACGUAGAUAUAUUCCUCCAAUGUUUGUGAUAUCACUUGCGCGAUGGGAAUGUGAGCAUUUCCAGAGUGUUAUUUUAAAUAAAGAGAGAAGAGCAUUUCCCUCCACGCAACGAUUCAGAGCGACCCUCCAUAUCCCGGGCUUGACGAGUGUGCAAUCCUCCGUAUACCUCCACCGUUCUCGAUUCCGCCACGCGCUGAUGACAUUCCCGUUUCGGGUUUUUGCGUUUUCGGAGGAUGAUAUUAAACACAUCACGUUUCCCACGAUGCGUCAAGACUUACGUUACGCCCCUUUCAAGUUUCGAGUAGCCGCGUUGACGUUGCGUACUCGAUACCAUGUCCUUGGUGCGCUGGUCGGUACACUGCCGAAGAUGCCGCUGCAGAACACUUUCUUUGGACUGCCCGUGUUGUUGAUGGAUGAGGAGGUGACGGUGCUGUUGCGGAAUGGUCUAAUAAAACCUGCAGCGUCGCCUGGGGUCACGGCAUACCCACGAAGGAGGAUAUACAGGCGCUGGCGACAAAGCGAGAAGAAGCGAUGAAUAUGUACCUGGAGGAGAGGAGGAGAGUGGCCGUCAUCAUAUUGAUCAAAUCAAAAAGAGCCGCUGCGCGGACGAAAGCGGGCACAAAGCCGGGAAAGAAGAAGAAAGAGGAGUUUGGGAUUUCGACUUCUACGGAUCCCAGUGAGCCAGAGCAAAUUGGGUCUGGGAGCGAAUCGAUGGGAGAACGGAAG